UGGUCAAACCUAAACAGCUGUGCCAGGCCCAAGAAGACAAAAUCAAGAAGGCCUGCACAAAGCUUCAGGGAGAUCAGCAAGCCGGCAACAAACCGAACAUCAAGAGAACUGCAGCUUACUAUGGUGUUCCCGAGAGCACUCUUCAUGAUCGCUUUCGUGGUGCUCGCAAGUCUCUUAGUGAUGCUCACAAGCACCAGCAGCUGCUCUCAGAGCACAAAGAGCGAGUGCUUGUGGAUUGGAUCAAGCACCUUGAUGCUGCAGGCAACCCAAUCAGUAAACAGACCAUCAAACAGAAGUGUUACGCACUCUGCAAGAAGAUGCCAUCAAGGGCCUCCUGAAUGUAUUGCACUAAUUCAAGCACACCUUGAUGGUCACCCCCAGUUGAAGGACAAUAUGAAAUUUGCUGGUCUUUAUGGUCGGGCCCCUCGCGGACAGAAGCGCACGCAUGCGCACACAAGCACAAAUGACGAGAAUGUAGCACCGGCAAGUGCCACUGUUGCGCAACCUGAGCAUCCUGCAGUUCAUCGUCAACUGAACGAGCAUCACCCAUUUACUCUGAGUUCCCAACACAAUUUAC